GAGCCUUUCAUCAGGAGUCCUUGUAUAGUACAGCAGAUCCAACUCUCAAUGCUCCCACCCAGGAACAAGUGAUGUAAUUAAGUAUAAUUGACCCUGAAAUGAAGAUCUGAUGGUGUCUGGGGAGUAGAGAGAGGGAGAGCUUUCAAUCUGGAGCGGUUUGUGAAGCUGCUUAGAUUGAGCAUGAGCAUCAGGCGCACUGGCUCUUAUAAAGUCAACAAAAAAUCAAAGGCGAAGCCCAAUGGUAAGAAACCAGCCUCCGAAGAGAAGAAGCUGUACCUGGAGCCCGAAUACACUCGUGUCCGAGUCACAGACUUUGAAUUUAAGCAACUAGUCUCAUUACCGCAAGAGAUUGACCUCAACGAGUGGAUGGCCAGCAACAUUACCACUUUCUUUAACCACAUCAACCUUCAGUACAGCACCAUCUCAGAGUUCUGCACAGGGGAGACUUGCCAGACUAUGGCUGCCUGCAACACACAGUACUACUGGUAUGACGAGCGGGGGAAGAAGAUAAAAUGUACAGCUCCUCAGUACAUUGACUUUGUUAUGAGUUCUGUACAGAAAUUGGUGACGGACGAGGAUAUCUUCCCCACCAAAUACGGCAGGGAUUUUCCAAGCUCUUUUGACUCAUUGGUGAAAAAGAUCUGCAGAUACCUAUUCCAUGUUGUUGCUCACAUUUAUUCAGCUCAUUUCAAAGAGAUCGUCGCCAUGGAGCUACACGGACAUUUAAACUCUCUGUUUAUUCAUUUCCUCCUGUUUGUGAGGGAGUUUAAUCUACUGGACACCAAGGAGACCGCCAUCCUGGACGACCUGUCUGAAAUGCUCUUCUCGGAGGACAGCAGGGAGGCAGCAGGGGCCACAGGAGGGGAACAGAACCAUGUGAAGGAGAGAUGAGUUCUCCACCACAAUGUCCCGCUUCCUUUCCUUCCACUGCCCCCUCCCAGCGUGCCCUAACCCCUAUAAAGCGCUGGCUAAGCUCCCAGCUCAAAGCACAGGGGAAACGGGGUUAUAGGAACUGCGCUGCCAGUUUUGGAGGUGGGGGAGGGCCCUGCCUGCAUUACCCCAGCCUGAAGGGGAGCAGACCUCGCUCUUAUCUUUAGCAGGACGUUGCACCGAGUAUCACCUUAUUUUUAUUUGUGUCUUGAGUUUUUUUUUUUCCUUCCUUGUUUCUUUUAUGACCCCUCCCCCCUCCCAUUCUUUUCUUUUCCUCUCCUUUUUAUUUUCCUUCUUUUCUGACUCCUCCCUUCCUUUUUCUUUUUAUGGGUGGCACUGCCGUUACUGGCUUAAUUCUAUUAUCCUAAUGAGAGAAAAUAUUUGCGUUUUUAUUUUAUUUUGCCGUGGCUUUGGAGGAAUGUUUGAAGCACCUCAGUGGGCGGGGGGUGAGACGACAAGGGUAGGAUGGACUGUAAGAGUGGAGAAGCGGUCACGUGUCGUCCCUUGCUCUGGAAUGAAUUGAGACUCCUGUGUCACCAUCCAAUAUGGUUAUCGGCUCUCCCCCUCCCUCGCUCUUUUGGAGGAAUGCUGGGUGCUCACCCCUCGGUGGGGUGGAAUAAUAAUGUCGGCUUCUUUUAGUUUAUCUGUUAAAUAAUGAUGAUAAUAAUAUUAAUAAUAAAACAGAUUCUAUCAGA